GUUGCUGCCUCAAUCACACAAAAACCCUCAUCCAUUGUCGCUGAAGUAGGGGGAAACGUAAUCUUACCGUGCCAUACUGGUCUGCCACUACCAACGAUCACGUGGCGAAGAGCGUUUGGUUCCCUACCAAAAGGAAAGACUGUUGUAGUCGAUGGAAGCUUGACAAUUCGCAACAUAGCUAAAACUGACAAGGGUGAUUACGUGUGUUCAGCAAAGAGUUUUCUUGGACUGGACUCCGUUGUUGCUCAGUUGAUAGUGAUUGACAGGAUCACAUUUACCCUUACUCCUUCCCGGAGAGUUACUGUAUCACAGUCACGCAACUUGUUGCUAAACUGUGCAGCUCAAGGUAACACUGAGAUUACCUGGAAGAGAACUGGAAAAGGCUUACCUCACAGCCACGUGGUUUAUUCAAAUGGAACUCUGCUCCUCAGGAGCGUGGUUACAAACGAUGCCGGAACAUAUUCUUGCGUGGCUAAGAACGCACUUCGUUCUGUUGAGGCAACUUCUGUUGUUGAAGUGAUGAAAACAAUGAAGUCCUGUAGCAGUAUUAAGUCAGGCUACAGUGGAAGCUCUUCAGGUAAUUAUAUUAUUGACCCUGAUGGCAAAGGAGGCGUGGCCUCGUUCAGUGUGUAUUGUAACAUGAGUGACAAGGGAGGAGUUGGCGUGACAGCCAUCAGCCACAACAGUGAGAGUAGAACCCAUGUUGCCAAUAUUCCUGGAUGUGGUAGUCCAGGUUGUUACAAGAAAGAUGUGACUUACACUGGAGUUGGCACCGCUCAGUUGGCAGCACUUACUCGAGUCUCGCAGAACUGUGAACAGUUUAUCAAGUUUGAAUGCAAUAAUGACAUAGCUUUUAUUGAGGAUUCAUAUGCCUGGUGGGUGUCACGUGACGGAAGACGCAUGUAUUACUGGGGUGGAGCUACAGGAUAUAACAACACGUGCGCAUGCGGAGUAACAAACUCCUGCUCAAAUAGUGGUCGAAAGUGUAAUUGUUACAACAGUGGCAGCGGCUGGAGAGAGGACGACGGUCUACUGACAGAGAAGUCUGCUCUUCCUGUGACUCAGAUCAGACUGGGAGACUUGGAUCAAUCACAUGAGGAAGGUUAUCACACAUUAGGCAAACUCAAAUGUUAUGGACAGGCUUGA